UUAUUGGAAAGGGUGGACGAACGAUGUAAAAAUAUAACACAAGAAUUUGAUGACAAAAUCACGAAAUUAGAGACACAAUUUGCAAAAGCAGAAUUGGAGUUUAGCCAAACACGAUGUGAUAUUGAAGAAUUAAAUGCGAUGGAGAAAGAGUAUUUAAACCAGGGUAUUCAGACAGACUUAGUAGCAAAAGAUAUACAAGAU